AUGGGCCCUGACAACGCAAGCCUGCCCGGGGACUUCCUCCUGCUGGGCUUCCCCGGGCCCCCGGCCCUGCAGGUCUCGCUCUUCCUGCUGUUCCUGGUGAUGUACGUGCUCACGGUGGGCGGCAACCUGGCCAUCCUGCUGCUGGUGGCCACCUCCCGCCCACUGCACACGCCCAUGUACUUCUUCCUGAGCAACCUGUCCUUCCUGGAGAUCUGGUACACCACAGCCGCCGUCCCCAAGGCACUGGCCAUUCAGCUGGGCCGCAGCCAGGCCAUCUCGUUCACCGGCUGCCUGCUGCAGAUGUACCUGGUCUUCUCGCUGGGCUGCACUGAGUACUUCCUCCUGGCGGCCAUGGCCUACGACCGCUACCUGGCCAUCUGCUCGCCCCUGCACUACGGGGCCAUCAUGAGCAGCCUUCUCUCAGCACAGCUGGCCCUGGGCUCCUGGCUCUGCGGCUUCCUGGCCAUCACUGUGCCCACCAUCCUCAUCAGCGGGCUGUCCUUCUGCGGCCCCCACGCCAUCAACCACUUCUUCUGCGACAUCGCCCCUUGGAUAGCUCUGGCCUGCAGCAGCACUCGGGCCGUGGAGCUGGUGGCCUUCGCCAUCGCCUUCCUGGUCAUCCUGAGCUCCUGCCUCAUCACGCUGGUCUCCUACAUCUACAUCAUCAGCACCAUCUUGCGCAUCCCCUCAGCCAGCGGCCGCAGCAAGGCCUUCUCCACCUGCUCCUCGCACCUGAUGGUCGUGCUCAUCUGGUACGGCUCCACCAUCUUCCUGCACGUGCGGACCUCCAUCAGGGAGGGCCUGGACCUGUCCAAAGCUGUGCACGUGCUCAACACCGUGGUUACCCCCGUGCUGAACCCCUUCAUCUACACGCUGCGCAACAAGGACGUCAGGGCCAGUCUGCGGCGGAAGUUCAAGGGCAGGUGA